CGCACAAUAGAAGAAGAGGGCCUUGUAGCCUGAGAGGAGAGGCUAAUGCACGUCGACUUUAAUACAUUACGAGUUAGCAACUCGAACCGUCGCUACGGCUAUGUUUGACCGAGUCCGAGGAACUUUCCCCGACUAUGACCUCACUCUCGCAUGGUUGUCGUCCCUGAAGUGAAAAACAGAAGCGCGACAGAGCUGUCUCGGCGACUGGGGGGCAUGGCGGCGGGCCAGGAGGAACGAGUCCACCGGACUUCUCGCCAUUUUUCGCACGCGAGAACGUCGCUAUGCCUCGGACUCUUCAGGAUAUUAUUUAUUGCUUUUAUCCACACGGCGCGGGCCAAUAAAGAAGCAUUCAUUCAGUGUGACACAAUAUUAGAAGUUCUACAAUUCGGCAAUGGAGGGAGUAUACCGACAGAGUCCGACAUCAAUUUUGGAUUUUGUCGACAAAGCUCAGCGCCACACCAAGGAAACUGCCGACCCUUACGCUUUGAACCUCCAAUGUUGGACUUCAAUAAGCAGCCUGUGGGGAUGCCAAAAAUGGAAAAAGUGUAUUUACACAAUCCUAGCUCAGAAGAAAUUAGUAUGAUAUCAAUAUCAGCGACGACGGCGCAUUUUCACGCCUCCUUUUUCCAGAACAGGGUGAUUCCGCCUGGUGGGAACACAUCAUUCGAUGUCGUGUUCCUCGCGCGAGUCGUCGGCAAUGUAGAGAACACUUUAUUUAUUAAUACGUCAAAUCAUGGAGUGUUUACAUACCAGGUUUUUGGGGUAGGGAUCCCAAACCCUUACAGACUACGUCCCUUCGUGGGAGCUCGAGUCCCAGUGAACAGCAGCUUCUCACCACUAAUAAACAUCCAUAACCCCUACAGUGAACCACUGCAGGUCGUCGAGAUGUAUUCCAGUGGAGGGGAUCUACAUUUAGAGCUCCCCACGGGUCAGCAGGGAGGUUCUGGGAAAUUAUGGGAGAUCCCACCUUUCGAGACAAAGGGCGUGAUGAGAGCUAGCUUUUCGUCCAGAGACGUGGACAACCACACAGCUUUCAUCCGAAUCAAAACAAACGCGCCCAACGAUGACAAGUUCAUCAUCCUACCGGUCGAGGUGGAGGUCACGUCAGCGCCUGGUAUUUACGCCUCCACCGAAAUGCUUGACUUCGGCACACUCCGCUCGCAAGAUCGGCCGAAAAUGUUGGCUCUGUAUCUUCUAAAUUCGGGGACAAAAGACGUUCCCAUUACGAGCGUCCGUACAACACCGUCCAACGAGGCCGUCACGAUAGACUUCAAAGCCAUCACGCUAAGAGCAGGAGAGAGCAGAUACACAAAAGUAGCAAUUAUUAGCUUUGACGCCUCCAAGGCUAGGAAACAAUAUCAGUUCUUUGGUAAAAUCACAGUCAAAGCGAAGGAAAAGAGCUACUCCAAGCUCGAAAUCCCUUACCAGGCAGAUGUUUUAGAGGGGUACUUGGGAUUUGACCACACAUCAACAUUAUUUCACAUACGGGACAGCCCGGUGGAUCCUAUGGACCGGCCCGUAUCCCUCACAAAUGCCUUCAGCUUUGAUAUCCGGAUACAUAACGUGUCCUUGCCAGAAGAGGCCAAAACUAUGUUCAAUGUACAAAACUUCAGCGCCCCUGUCCUGAUUCCGGCACACGAGUCGCGCUACAUCUUCUCACUCCUAUUCCAGCCAGUGCGGCCGUCUAUCCACAUCGACAGCAACAUUUUGCUCAUUACCAACGCGUCAAAGUUUCACCUGCCCAUCAGGGCUUACACAGGCUUCCUCGAAACUCACGUGCUACCACCCAGCCUGAAAAAGAACAUGCUGGACUUUGGCAUCCGCAGUUCUACAGACAUCAACAGCAUCGUUUUCUUGGUGGUGAACAGUAACCCCAUAGAGCUAGAGGUACGGUCCUGGCAGGUGACUGGUGACAGCCUCUCUAUGGAGCUGCUAGGAGUCGAGUGGGGAAACGCAACAACUGCCUCCAGUCGCCUGCGAGAACUGCAAAACACUUCGGCUUCCAGUCACAAAUCUGUGAUUAUAGCAUCCGGCUUUUACGCAGCUUUCCGUGUAACACUGGUGGCCAAAGCCCUGGAGGGUACAUACGAUGGAGCCAUACACAUUACCACAGACUACGAGAUUUUAACCAUCCCGGUAAACGCGCAUAUCGCUGUGGGCACAUUAAACAGCGCCCCCAAUCACAUCUUCCUGCCUCCUUCAUUCCCAGGGAAAGUUGUGCAUCAAGUAUUAAGCAUAAGGAGCUCAUUCAAGCAAAAAGUGAGGCUGGAGCAGAUCCGCUCGCUGACUGAAGACAUCCGCUUCUACUACAAGCGCCUACGAAACAAUAAAGAUGAAUUGGAGCCUAGGCGCAAAUCAAAGGUCGCAAAUAUUUAUUUUGAUGCCAAAUUGCAAUGUGAAGAUCACUGCUACGUGGGGCUGCCUUUCAUACUAAAAACUGAGUCAAGGCCUCAUGGCGUGGUGCUACACGAGGACAUCUGGGACGCCGAUGUAGAUCUCCACAUGAAACUUCUCAAGCGAUGGCAGGAAUUGAAAGCACGCUCAGGCCACUUGAUUGAAACCAUAUUCGAAGUGGGUACAGAUCUCCAGAAGAACGUGCAGACUAAAGUUUCAGCUGAGCUAACAUGGCCCACUCUGGUCAAUUCCACGCAGCGCAUCACGUUCCCAUUGACCAACACAAACAGCUCCUCUGAAGAAGAGGUAACGCUAAAGAAUCCUGCCGAUGUUCCAGUCUACGUCCAGGUUCUUCCUCUGGCGCUGCUCCCCAACCCUUCGGUGUUCUCUGGAAAGUUGGCAGACAGGUGGAAAGCAGCAAAUCUGUCCAACAUCAAUAUUGACACAAACACCCUUGAGUUUCAAGUGCAAAGAAACCAGACAACACCAGAAAAGAGCGGCAUAGGGUUUGUGGAGGGAUCGAGCCGAUCCUCUGUAUAUAACCUGAUCCUGAAGCCUGGGGAGGUGAAGUCGUUCAACGUGAGCUUCACGCCCAUCCGCAACCACAGCGUCUCCUCGAUGCUAAUAGUGAGGAACAAUUUGACCGUGAUAGACUCCAUCCUCCUACACGGCCACGGCGCCAUAGAGAACUUGAAAGUUGCUGGGAAGAGUCCGGGCCACGGUACCUUUCUGAGGUUCAAGAUGACAGAAACAAUGCUGAGAGAAUGCGUUGAUGAAAAAAGACCCAACAAAGAAUUCACCUUCACGCUGAAACGAAUGUUCCGGGUAGAGAACACGGGCCUGCUCCCUAUCACCAUCCGCUCAGCGGAGAUCAACGGUCAACAAUGCGAAGGAUUUGGAUUCAAAAUAGUCAACUGUGAAGAGUUUGUACUCCAACCUAAUGCGUCGAAAGACCUCAUCAUACUGUUUACACCAGACUUCACAACAUCUCGAGUGAUUCGUGAACUCAAGCUGGUGACGUGUAGUGGCUCUGAGUUUGUCUACGUUAUGAAUGCCUCGCUGCCCUACCACAUGCUGGCGGCAUGCUCAGAAACACUUCCCCGUCCCCCUUGGGAAAUGCACAUCUGCUUCAUUGUGUCUCUCAUCAUGAGUUUUUUGUUUCUUUUGGUGAUCGGCAUAGCCUUCGUUGAGGCCCACAACAUCUGGGAGCCCUUCAAGCGCCGUGUGUCCGUCGAGCCCAACUGCACCAUGGAGACUGGGAGGCCAUUUAAUCUCAGGGACAUUGUGCAACUGCACAGUGAUUCAAAUGACUCAUCCCAGAAUUCCAGGGGCUCAUACACGUCCAGCAACGGAUCAGCGCGCAAUCGCCAAGCUAACAGCAGGGCUCUGUCCGACUCCGACGUCCAUGAAAAGCGCUCAAAAAGCGGCCUCGGACGCCAAUCUACAUCAAUGCAGGCCAAAGGAGGAGGCGGAAUCUCGUGCCAGGAAGCCGCCACCGCUCACUCAGACUGCCAGCUGAUCAACCGAAAAGCUCGCGGCGCCAAAACGGACCCCAAUAGUCACAGUUUAGGAUCAUCGUCGUCAACGUCGCAAAAAGGAGGCACUGAUGAUAGUGAAUACGCCAGCCUGAUCAACACCAUGGACACUGACCGCCACCGUCCAGAGUCACAUGUAGAAACACAACAGGAACAGAACUCACAAAAUAAAGGGAAGUCACGAGGCAAAACAAAAGCGCAGAAGAAGAAAGAAGAGAAGUUCAAAAACUCCACAGCUCAGACGCCUGCCGACGAGCUGAAAGACAACUUGGCCGACAACGACGACAGCUCCUCCUCCACCACAGAAACAUCCAAUCCAGACGUUGAGACUAUAGUCAAAGAGGAACCAGUGAAAAAGAAAGGAAAGACAGGAACUCUGCCAAAAGAAGAAACACACUCAACUUGUUUUAUGAAAGCCCUACCAAAAGAAGAAACAAAUUCAAAUUCCUAUUGUUUUAUGAAAGCCCUGCCAAAAGAAGAAGAAAAAGAAUCAAAUUCAAAUUGUUUUAUUAAAGCUAAAUCCAAGAAACAUGGAGCUGCAAAGAAGGAGGUCCAAGUUGAAAAAGCCAGUUCCCUGGAGAGUUCCCUGGAUUCUCAGUACCUGGAGCUCACGGAGAACAAACAGCGCAAGAGCUGCAUGUCCAAACCGACCCAUCACCUCUCCAGCCCCCCGAGGAUAAAACCAUCACCCAAUCCCAAAUUGGAAGGGAAACUGGAAGAAGGUAAAUCCUCUCUGCUGGGCAAAUUACUAUCCAGCAGUUCCAUGCAGGAGCUCGGUCACAGCAGCAGUUCAGAGGGCGAGAAGGAGUUCGCCUUGCCCGAGUGGGACAUUCCCAUUUCCAAAAACAGUGUCCAAGCAGACAGUCUCCAACAGAUCUCCCUUCAAACAUUAAACGCAGACCCCUUCCUAAAGCGACCAUCCACAGCUUACUCCCCACCUCCCGCCUCCCCCAGUCUACUGUCCCGCGGAAGCUACAGCAGCGUCCUCAACAGCAAUAACGAGGUGAACCCGAAUAAAGCUCCAGGAAGCAAAAUGUGUUCUACCACGCCGCUACCUGGUAAAAACGGAAACCCCACCUUUGCUGCUGUGGCUGCUGGGUAUGACAAAAGUCCAGGUGGUUCUGGACCAGGCAGGUCUGAGGGUCAAUCAAGGAGUCUGGCACACAUGACGUCAGUAGAGAGUGACAGCUCGGACAGCUCAGGCUUGUGGAGUCCCAUGGACCUGGUGAGCAGUCCGAGCUUCCACUCGGCUAACUCCUUCUCCGCUUUUGGGCCCAGCAACUCCUUCAACCUGACAGAAGUGUUCAGCGAAAUAAGCAUCCAGAAGCCAUCUGAGCCAGAGUCGAACUGGCCCGACUUCAACACGGUGCCAUCAUCCAUCUGGGACAUCCCCAGCACGGACCCCCUGCACUCCUGGCCCACCAGUUCCAGCUCGCCCACCGCGCCCACCUCAUCACUCCUUGGAAGCAGCCACAACCCGUGGUCGCCCGGCUCUACCUUCGGCAACUCCAUUUGGUCGGCGAGCACAGAGUCAUCGCUGCGUCCCUACUCUCCCGCCGCCAAUUCUCACAUGCUGACGGAAAACCUGGUGUGCAGUCCGGUGCCCUUGCAGCCCUCCCCGGCCGACGUGGGCCGCACGUACAACCCCUGGAGCAUGUGGCGGCCCACGCUCAGCCGGCGGAGCUCGGAACCGUGGCCGAGUACCUCGGAGGAAGCCGGUUCAAAUGGCACUUAAGCCGACCACCCCAUUCGUUCAAGUGUGCGGGGGAAGGAUUUCCAUCACUCGCCAUCAGAUUUUGUUUCUUUUUCCGGGCGCUUUUUAUUCACGGUGGGGCCGACACUUUUAGUUUUUUUAACAGAGGUGCACCCCCUUGGCCCCUCCAAAAUGAACGUUAUGGCUGGUAAGGCUGGAAGUCUGGUUCGCCAUGCAGAAUCUCAGUUCAGUAUUAAAAAGUUCAACGUAUUUCAUUGUUUUAUUACCACGAUUGGUAAAAUAGAAUUCGGCCAAUCGCCCAGAAGCUCUGAUUGGAAGGUAAACUUGACUCCCAUCGGACGUUAAAAAAAAAAAAGGCUCCCCGUUUUAAAAGUUCAAAAUAAGUACUUAAGUUUGACGUUUGUCGUACCAGGCCUCCAUUUGUCAGAAAAUUACAAUAAAGAAUUUCAGCACAGCA